UCCUGGGCUGAAAGGAGGAGGCACUAACAGCGGGGAGGAGGUUUUAGAGAGGCCUGGAAGGCUGCGCAACCUGGCAGAGGAGGGGGUUGGGGGCUGGCGGAUGGUCAGGGAGCGCAUCUGAUAUGCUGCUGGGGUCGUGACCGCCCGGGGACAGAGGCAGGACCUGGCCGGACCCAGCCAGGAGGCCUCGUCUCCGUCGGGCCUAUUCUCCAGUGAUCAGAUAGGCCUCACCAGAGGCUCCUUUCCGUGCAGCCGCCGCAGGUUCCCGUCCCGUUCUCUGGCCGAGAGAUGGCCGCCCCGAGCCCCCCGCCGGAGCCAAAGGGGUUGCUGACAUUUGAGGAUGUGGCUGUGUUUUUUACCCAGGAGGAGUGGGAUUAUCUGGACCCAGCUCAGAGAAGCCUGUAUAAAGAUGUGAUGAUGGAGAAUUAUGGGAACCUGGUGUCACUGGAUGUUUUGAACAAAGAUAAGGAUGAGGAACCAACUGUGAAACAGGAAAUUGAGGAAAUUGAAGAAGUGGAACCACAGAGUGUAAUUGUUACAAGAAUCAAAAGUGAAAUUGAUCAGGAUCCCAUGGGUAGAGAAACCUUUGAACUUGUUGGCAGGUUAGAUAAACAGAGAGGUAUCUUCUUAUGGGAAAUACCAAGGGAAUCUUUCACCCAGGAACAAAGAAUGUUUAGAGGAAACACUAAUAUAAUCCGUAAGAGACCAAGCUCAGAAGAAAAGUGUCAUAAAUGUGAAGAGUGUGGAAAGGGUUUUGUCCGCAAAGCCCAUUUCAUUCAACAUCAAAGAGUCCAUACUGGUGAGAAACCUUUUCAGUGCAAUGAAUGUGGGAAAAGCUUUAGUCGCAGUUCAUUCGUUAUUGAGCAUCAGAGAAUUCACACUGGGGAAAGACCCUAUGAGUGUAAUUACUGUGGAAAAACAUUUAGUGUGAGCUCAACACUUAUUAGACAUCAGAGAAUCCACACUGGAGAGAGACCCUAUCAGUGUAAUCAUUGUAAACAGAGCUUCAGCCAGAGAAGGAGCCUUGUUAAACAUCAAAGGAUUCACACAGGUGAGAAACCCCAUAAGUGUACUGACUGUGGGAAAGCCUUCAGUUGGAAGUCACACCUUAUUGAACAUCAGAGAACUCACACUGGUGAGAAACCCUAUCACUGUACCAAAUGUAAGAAAAGCUUUAGUCGAAAUUCAUUGCUUGUUGAACAUCAGAGAAUUCACACUGGGGAAAGACCUCAUAAAUGUGGUGAAUGUGGGAAAGCCUUUAGAUUAAGUACAUACCUUAUACAACACCAGAAAAUUCACACUGGUGAGAAGCCUUUUCUUUGUAUUGAAUGUGGAAAAAGUUUCAGUCGGAGUUCGUUCCUUAUUGAACAUCAGAGGAUCCACACGGGUGAAAGACCUUAUCAGUGCAAAGAGUGUGGGAAAAGCUUCAGCCAGCUUUGCAAUCUUACUCGUCAUCAGAGAAUUCACACAGGAGACAAACCCCAUAAAUGUGAGGAAUGUGGAAAAGCCUUUAGUAGAAGCUCAGGCCUUAUUCAGCAUCAGAGAAUUCACACCAGAGAGAAGACAUAUCCAUACAAUGAAACUAAGGAAAGUUUUGAUCCAAAUUGCAGCCUUCUUAUACAGCAGACGUUCUACCCUAAGGAGAAAUCUUAUAAAUGUGAAGAAUGUGGGAAGGCUUUUAGUGUUAGUGCUCAUCUUGUACAACAUCAAAGAAUCCACACUGGUGAAAAGCCCUACCUAUGUACUGUAUGUGGAAAAAGCUUCAGUCGGAGCUCAUUUCUUAUUGAACAUCAGAGAAUCCACACUGGUGAGAGACCCUAUCUGUGCAGACAGUGUGGCAAAAGCUUCAGUCAACUUUGUAAUCUUAUUCGACAUCAGGGUGUACACACAGGGAAUAAACCUCAUAAAUGUGAUGAAUGUGGGAAGGCUUUUAGCCGUAACUCAGGCCUUAUUCAGCAUCAGAGAAUACACACAGGAGAGAAGCCUUACAAGUGUGAGAAAUGUGACAAAAGUUUCAGUCAACAGCGCAGCCUUGUCAACCAUCAGAAGAUCCAUGCAGAGGUGAAAAUCCAAGAAACCCACGAAUGUGAUGCUUGUGGUGAAGCCUUCAAUUGCCGCAUUUCUCUUAUUCAGCAUCAAAAAUUGCACGCUACAUGGAUGCAGUAAAUGUAAAGAAAUGUUAAAGCUCAAUUUGAUUUGAGACUAGCUACCCAAAUGCAGUUUCCCUGUGACUCAACAUGAGUCAAAGUUAAUGAUAAAUAAAGCAAAUUCCCCUUGGCCUUAGGCGAUGGUGUCUAAAGAGUCUGUGAAUAGUGGACAAAUGCCCAUGGGCAGUUGCAGACUUCCAUUACUCUUCAUUUUGAUUUUCAUAGGGAAAGACUCAGAUGAUAAUCUAAGCAUCUUUCUUUAACAAAUCUUUCAGCAGAGAGGUUAAACCCAGGUUUAGAAAGCUCAGUUAUAGCUAAGAAAGGGAAUGGGACAAAGUUCAAUUGGAACAAGGGAGCUGGAAGCAGAUGGUGUUAGAAAACAAUGAUUGUAACCGUCCUCUGUUAUCUUUGGUGGUUCUUUCAGUUCCAUGAUACAUCUGGCUAAGCAUGCCAAAGUCCAGUGAUUAAGCAUAUGAUUAACUUUUCAAGGAAACAAACCUAGAUGUUUUAUUUGAAACUGGUAUCCAAAAUUGUGGUAAGAAAGCCAGUUGUUUGGCAUGUGAGUUAAAGGCAGUUCCAAUGCCUUGUGGUCCCUAUAUUUAUCAAAUGAGUGGACUUUUAACUUUAUAUGUAAAGAUUAUAUGAGUAAGAAACCUAGCAAAGGUGAUACCCAGAAACCUUGGGGAGUGCCUUUUUUUCCAAAAUGACCCGAAAAGAUGGAGGAAGACAGUGUUCUUUUGUAUCUUCAGUAUGUGAAAAAUACUUGUAGCUCUAUACAGCUAAUUUUGUUUCUCCAGUACUGAGAGCAUGUAAAACUGUACAGAGUCUGAUCACCAAGGAUUGGAAAUAAAAAGGCCUGGAGUCUAUGCUAGGAAAUUGAGGAUUUUUUUUUUUUUUUGGUAUCGGUUUUUACGGUAAUUAGAUUUUGCAUGCAGUUUUAAAAUCCUUGUUUCAGGUUCUAGGGCUUCCCUUAAUUAAGGGUUAUUAUAAACUGAUUAAUUCAUCUCUGUUUUAAUCAUUAAAACCUGUUUUUUUUUUUUUGCUUUGUGUGAGAGUUCUUUGUUACUUUAGUGAAAAAUCUAUCCUACUGUCAAAGGAAAGUGCUCUCACUUAUUCUACCUAUUCUAACCUUGGAGUAAGGUUAAGCCCACGUUCUCUGAGUAUAGAAUUCUAAAUCAACAAAGAACUCUAAUUUUAACUUCCUAAUGGUUCGAGAAGAUGACCUGCCUUUCUUCUAUAGCCCCAGAUUAUAAUCAUCUCCAAACUUUUUUCUCCGUGCCUCUGGAUAUGUAUGUGUUUGUAUACAUACCAGUGGAGGUUAUGGUACGUAUGUAGAAAUAUGCCACUCUUUGUAUACUCCUUUAUAUUCAAAUUACGGUAGUCUUGGUUACUAUACACUUAAUACUUCAGAACAGUUUAUAACCCAAUGAAAAUACAAAAAUAAACUGCACCUGAUUCCUCAAUAAAAUCCCACCUGCCCUGAAUCUUCCCAGUUUUACUAAUUGUUCUAUAGUAUUGGUUCCCGUGCCAGGGUCUUAAAAUGAUGUUUUAAAAAUGAUGAAAAACCUAAUGUGUAUGUUUUCACUGCAUCUACACUAAAACACCAUUUCUUUGCUUUUGAUUGGAAUUACUGUUUCAUUUUAUGGUUAUCUUGCUUAGAAUUUCUGGCUGUUGUUGACAUUGUAAUUUGAGGCUAUGAUUGUACAAGACAUUCUUGUUAGAACUGUAUAAUGCCCUUGGAUGUGAAUUCAGAGUGACAAUCAAAAUUCCAGUAGCAUUGAACAGUUCUUGAUUACAUAUACAAUUCACUGCUUAUAAAAAGCAUACCCAAAAUGACUCAUUAAGCAAGUUAUCACGGGUUCACUUCUGUUUCCCAAGAAAAUGAUAAAAAUACGCAGAGGACUCUACAGAGGGAAAUGAGGUGCCUGGAAGAGGAAAGUUAAAUCUUCUAGGAGGAGGUGAUGCUUAAGAUGAGAUUAAAAUAGAGUACCAAGGAACAUGAAUAGUGUGCCAAGACCAGGAGGUCUGAGAGAACCUGGUAACUACAGAGCAAAUUGUAGCUCGCUGAUUGGCACUAAGUAAGGUUGCCCUUAAGAAAGAGCAGAUGAAGAGUUGUCAUGCUAAGGAGAUGGAACUUUAUUCCUCUGCCUAAGAUUCUAUGGUAGAUGGUUUCCUUGUACUGAAAUAAGCUAUAUGUGUGUGAGUAAAAAGGGCACAUAUUUUAAGUGUACGUACAGCUCAAUGAGUUUUCGCAAACAUGUAACCAGUAGCCAGAUAAAAUAACAUUACUGGUAUCCCCAGAUAAUUCCCUUGUGCCCCCUUCUGGACGCUAUACACAUUGUGUGCCUGUUAGUGCCUCCAUUUUAACUCAAGAAGCAGUGUUGAGAUGAAUGGGAGGGAAAAGAUUUGAGACCGUGGUUCCUAACUUUUCUUAGAUCUGUGGAUCUUAUCCUCAGAAAACUGCACAUACAAAAUAUUGUUUCAGAGUCUUGUGGUUCCUAUGCUAAGAACCUUAGGAGGCACUUAGAGUAGACUCUUAGGCUCUUACAGUUGAGAGGUUCUAAUGCCUUCAACUAAGGCUGUGGGAAUGGGAAGGGGAUGGGUUUGAGAAAUGUAAACAGACUUGGGUGCUAAAUUGGAUGAGGGAAGUGAAGAAGAGUAAAGAUUCAAGGUGGGUUUGAGUGGUUGGUAUUACUGAGAAAGGAAAUGGUACACCUGGUAUGGAAUGAACAGAUUACUAAAGUUGUUUUGAGCAUGUAGCAUUUGGUCUAUCCAUGAGAGUAGAGAUUCCAGAGGUAAUUGGAUGUAUGGGUAUGAUGCUCACGGGAGAGACCUGGGCUAGAAAUUGAUUAGGGAUUCACCAAUGUUUAAACAUGAAAAUGGAUUAAGAUAUUUUAGAAUAAAGCAAAAAAAAAAAAAAAAAA